CCCCCAUCGAAGUCCACUUCAAGGCUUGCACCAACAUGCACCAUCAACAUCUUCCGAGUGCCUUCGUUCCAGACGAACUGCACAUUCUGGGAGAAAACGCGCACGUCGACAUCAUACACAAACUGCAAGGGAUGUGAGAUUAGGACAAAGACGAUGGGUCUUGGGCUUCCUUGCCACUUGGUCACGACGGUGCCUGGCCUGGCGACUAAGACAGUUACGGCGUGU